AUGUCGUGGCUUAAGUUUAUCCUCUCCCUCUGUUACCUCUACCUGGCUGGUACCGUCUUCUUCGAUUGGAUGCAUUUCCUGCUCCAUCGCUGGUCAAGGUCCCAAUGGCGCUUCCUACGACUCCUCUCCCGCUAUCACCAAUACCACCACCUGUACUACGGCCGCCUGCUCCAGUUCAAUCCCAAAUACACACGCCAGAACACCCGGAUCGCCCUUCCGCUCGAGUUGCUAUGCCAGAUGCUGGGAAACGUUGUCGGGUGGUUGGUGGCUUGGACCAUAAUGAUGGGACGAACCGAGUGUAUCGACCGCAGGGCACUGCUGAUCGUCCUAGUCAUCCAAGCCGGACGCUCCCUGGUCGUGAUCCUCAAUGAUGGAAAGGACUCCAACCAUAUCUCCUACGAUACCGUCCCGAAAGACUGGAGCUGGUCGUUCGUGGGCCCUGAGUACCACGCAUUGCACCACCGCUACCCCGACCGAUACAUGGGCUCGGCCAUCAAGCUCUUUGACUGGGUCGCAGGCACCGCGUACUCUCUUCGUGGCAAGGUGGUGGUCAUGACCGGCGGCUCGGGCGAAUUCGGGCAGGCAAUAGAGAAACAGCUUCUCGCUGAGGGCGUAAGAAGCAUCCACAAGCCGGUAAUCGGGAAGUCCUGGACCCGACAGGCUGCUACCCGUCUGAUGCCUAUGCUCGAUCAAGCGGAUAUUCUCAUCCUGGCAAACUGCACGGGUGGUAUGGAAGAUAUGGAGUCUGACUGCACUUUGACGAUACGGUUAAUCCAACAAUUCCUCGCACAAAAGGCGGCACAGAAAGGCAAGGUCUUGCCCGAGAUCUGGUACAUCAGCAGUGAGGCCGAGUGCUUGACACGGGGGGCCACAGAACGGGGCCAGGAAUCCGUCCCAACUGAACAAUCCUUCCUGCCUUAUGCUCGCUCGCUGUAUCGAUCGUCAGAACUCGUAUAUCGACAUAUCGUGCCUUCUCUGUGGAAGACCUCCACCGGGAGAACCGUCAUCUCGCCUGAGAAGAUUGUCCGUGCAAUGCUCUGGUGGGUACGCCGCGGAGCUUAUUUUGUCCCGGUUACCUACACAGGGAUUGCGUAUCUGCAGUUUCUCGCUUUUCAAUUUGGUGCCGCGGCAGAUGUGGACUGGAGUUAUGAGAGUGUGGUGGACCUCGAAUGGGCAUAUUGUACAGGAGGGAAGCGCGCCUGGCACGAUUUACCUGGCGGUCUUGAGAGAGUGCGGACCAUGUAA